AUGACCAGCUCCAACAGCGAUAACCUUUCCCAACCCCAUUCUAUCACUAACGACGACUGGGACUGGGUCUUCUCCAAUUGGGAUUUGGAUCUCAGUAUGUGGGACCUUUUCCACGAAGAUGGUCAGAUAUAUGACGACUUGUUCCUCAUAAACAACCCGGCUUCCGCUCAGUGUCCGGACUUCGAUUACGCAACAGAAUCUCUGAAUGUCGCCGGGCAGGCAGAGCAAAACAUGUCACUCAAUGAAUUGGAGACAAUAAUGCCCGAAAGCUUGGAUAUUGCAGAAAUGCUAGCACAGGAUCCCGAUCUUGACCCCUUUCUCCCAACACACGAUCUUCCACUCGAGCCGCCCGUCGUCUCUCUGCCUCUUCAACCAUUCACGCCCGACGGUUUUGAAAGGACUUUGGAACAAGCUCCUCCUCCACCGAGAAACGACCCAUCGCCGGAUGAUAUGUCUCUUGUGGUUCCCAGCUGGCUCGAUCGUCAAAUUACCACGGAUGACCUCUAUCACCGCACCCAAGCAGAUCCAAAACCCGCGGACUCAUCGACCAUGUCCGAGAAAGACAUCACCUUUAAAAUAGGGCAAUCACUAGUGGGUAGCACCUUGACAACAUUACAAGAGCCACGGAGGAGUAAAGUAUACCCGGGGGAGUCAACGUGGACUAGUCGCAGUGCUGAACCUUCUCGCUGUGCACCGUGCAGAUUUGCAAAUAUUCCAACGUCGCAAUGUAACGGCUCGGUAGGGUCAACGUGUACUCGCUGUGAGCGACUAAGGUCAAAGGUAGACAAGAAGCUCGCCAAUACCCAGUCAUCCUUGAAGUUUUCCUUGAGUCCUAGUGCGCCAAUGAUCUCAUUGCCACAAGUCAUCUACUUCGAAUUAGUCGAAACACAGAAGCUCCUCGUCGAUCUUCGUGGUGAAGUGGAUGAGAUAUCUAGCUUUACUCCUGGGAACUCUUUGGAGUCCUUGUUUGAUGGUAACAUGUUAUGGCACAUCGACAACAAAGCGAUCUUCUCUCCGUAUUCAAAAUCGAUCUCGACCGUUGCGGUAACGAGACUCAUGACAGCAAGGGCGGAAAUGGCGGCACCACCUGAUUGCAUAGUUGCCCCAGCAAUGGAUGCAGUUCAUCUCGAUACUUUCAUUGACCAAAGACGACCUGCCCGGGAAACGAAGGGUCUUACUGAUAUUAACGUGGGUAUACCAACUCCCUUAUCUUUAUGCCAAGUCUCUGACGUUCCACAGCGAGAGACUCUUACCAUCGCGUGGCGAUGCGCCUAUUGGCUCACUAUCCUACUCAGCUGGGAUUCCAAUGAACUCUACGUGAAUCAAGCGGGCCAUGAUGCUCUACCGCUGGUAGAUGCGAAGAACCUUGUUCUGGAACUCACAUAUUCUAUAGCUCAUCGCAUCCAAGUUCUCAUCAAAAAGCUCUGUCAUCGGGCUGCCAAGUCGUUGAAUCGACUUGACGAGAGCUUGGAUCCCGAGGAUGCCAAGAAACCAAAAGCGACCAUUACAUUUGCAGCCGAGCGCCAUGUUUCUGAUCCGUUCUUUAUGGGAGGGGGCGGAGUAUUCGACAGCGGACUUCAGCCUCAGAGUUUCUCGGACAUACUCAAGUCCGAGAUUCCAUUCCAAGAUGAUAUUGAUUUGUUCUUGGGGCGACCGGCGACACGCAAUCUCGCAGCCCUGCGCCCAUCAGAUCGCGCUUCUCUUAUAUCGGGCGAGCUACCACGAGGCCAUGACUUUGCAUCGACAUCCACCACAGCGCCUCUCACAUUUCCCAGUUGGAGUGACCUUUCGUACGCCUCCAGUAUCGAUACCGCGCAACUGAAUGAUUUUGAAGUCAGAAAACGAGCCCUUUCUGACGAGGGAACUUCCUGUUCACGGUGUAACGCCAAGAGGAUAAGAUAG